UGUCCUGUCCCACUCUGUACACUCUUCUUUACAUCUGCAGUUUAAUCUGAAUUUACACUCUGCAUUAGUCUUUCUCUCGUUCAGGAGCUGUGUGUGUGUUAGAGUUGCAGUGUGUGUGUGUGUGUGUGUGUGUGUGUGUAGGUAUAGGGUUAUUAAGGACGCAGCUUCGUCCUCGCACGGCUGAGCUCACACGUUACUGCGCUGCAGCGGAGGCCACAAACGCGCGCGCGGGAGCAGCUGCAGCCUCGCGGGAGGAGGAGGAGGACGUUGGGGGCGGGUGAGCGCGCGUGUGUGUGCGUGUUGGAGAGGGGGGGUGCAGCUCUUCUCCUCACUGUCCCGUUCACAGUGCAGGUAUGGGCAGAGCAGCAGUGGGGGACUCGAGCUGCGCGUGCUCACUGGAACAUCUACUGGACAGCAGGACAGUGCCCUGCUGACCCUCCACCGGACCCUCUCUGACCCCCGCGCGCGCCCUUUACAGCGUUUCUUCAUCCUUUAGAAAGCUCCACGGAGCUUCAGAGAUCCUCACAGAGCUUCACAGAUCUUCACACGGCUCCACAGAGCUCCACGCGACUCUGUACAGAAGCGUGGCAGCGCGCGGAGUGCCCGGAUGUUGCCUCACCUGCACCUGCUGCGGCCGCGAUGAUCGGCUCGUGACGCGCUCCACAGCGCAGCAGAGCGCCGGUGCCGUCAGCGCGCGCGCACACACGCACCCAUUUCUGCGCGUGAGCGUGUAGGCGCGCGUGUGUGUGAGCGCGUGAGGAAGAGUGAAAGAGGGGGAGAGCACCAUGGACAGCGCGGUGGGCUUCUGCGUGCUGGGAUGUCUGCUCCUGUCUUCGGUUCUGCUGGCGGAGCAGGAGGUGGAGAACCUGUCCGGACUGUCCCCAAACCCGGACAAGGAUAUCUUUGUGGUCCGGGAGAAUGGGACCACCUGUCUGAUGGCUGAGUUCGCUGUCAGAUUCCUCAUCCCGUAUGAUGUGCUCGCGCUCAACGGAAUUGAUCUCAUCACAGAGCAGGCAUCUCUGGCCCUCCCCCGUGGCGCACACAUCGAGGGCUCGUGCGGCAGCACUGAGGCCGAGCUCCACAUCUCUUGGGUAAACAACGCCUACACACUCCGCAUCUACUUUACCAAGGAGAAGCGCACUAUGGGCAGUGAUGGAAAAGCGAAGGAGACUGAGAUUUGGAAGAUGAGUAAAGUCCAGCUGGUGUACAACACCUCAGAUACGACACACUUCAUCAACGCUUACAACCCGGGGAAACACACAGCCAGCACCCAUCGUCUCUCAGCGUUGGUGACUCCAGGAGGCCGGUCGUAUGUGUGUGCGGCUCAGCAGACCCUAACCCUCAUCUCCAGUGACCACCAGAAGGGCAUCACCAUCUACAUGUCCGACAUCCAGAUCCAGCCUUUCGACAUCAAAAGCGACUUUGUGUUCAGUGAACCAUAUAAGUGCAUCACGGACCAGAGGGAGCGUCUGGAGGAGACUCUGCCACUGGUGUUGGGCCUCAUCCUGGCUCUCAUCAUCGUCAUCACCAUCACCAUCUACCACUUCCACCUCAAACUGACCGCGCAGCAGCCCCAGCUGCCCCGGGACCGCUCCCUCUACAAGAACAUGUAAAGACUCUCUAUGCACCGCGGCCGAGGCCAGCCAUCAGGGGAACGAGCCAGUACCUGCAAACACUGCACCCUGCUGUCCAGGGACCUCACAAGCUUCCCCAGCUUAUUCCUCCACUGCCUGACCUUCUGCUCCCUGCGUUAUGAUUUCGGGUCAAUUCCUCUGUUUUUGUUUGUAGGUUCUUAAUUGUUUUGCACAUGUGUAAAUGUAAAGGUGUGUAAACUACCAAACAGAUCACUGCUAUAUUUGAUGCAUUUAUUGAAUAUGUCAUGGUGUGAGCCAUACCAGUGUCACUCAGUGUAAAGUGUGCCAAACUAAAGCUAUUCCAGUUGUAUUGUAAAGGUACAGAGGCUGUACAAUGAAGCUAUUUUAAAGCUUAUUGUGCCAUAUGGCUGAUGCAAUGAAACAAGAGAUAAAUCAUGCAACAUUUUGUGUGCAAAAUUCUAUUCAAAAAUAAAUUAUUUUAUGUCUGUC